AUGCCCUUCAUCGAGGAUGGGUCCCGGGCUUUGAGAAUUCAGCCUUCAUUGCCGCAGGCUGGAGUUGAUGACCGGACGUCAUCAUAUACUACGCCCCCUGUGGAAGACACGAGAUCCACAGCAGUGGUCUGCUCUUGUACCCGGGACACUGAUGGGAACACCGUGCACGCAUGCACUGCUGCUUCCUAUGUUCUGCAGGCUACGGUGGCGCCUCAGCAGGACAUCGCCGCCCAGAAUCAAGACUUGGUGGAAAUCGGGGCGCUGUUCGAUAAGAAAUGA